UUUUUGCAGUGAAUGUUUUGGUCGCGAGUUCAGUUCGCGGCACGAAGGAGAGAAGACAGUCGACCGCUUUACCGAAGAAUCUUCACAAAUCGUCGACUUGACAUCGCUCAUAAGGUAAUUGUCCGAUCCAUCCUUGGUUUCCUCGUUUUCAGUACUUCAUAUUGUAUCAUCAACGCAGGAAUCUACUACAAGUUUGUGCGACCAAUCCGUCAAGAAGAGCGAGAACUUCUGGAGAGAGAACUAAUCGAGGCAGAUAAGGCCGGAUUUGCGUUCAAAAAAUGAUUCGUCCGUUUUCACGUGCUCUCACUUCACUUUCUUCCAAAUGGGAAGGAUUGUUCUUUGUUGGCUUUACUGCUGGAGCUGGUUUUGAACUUUUCAAGAUUUAUUUCUCUUUUAAUGGUAAGAUUUUUUAAGUUGCUGAUUAACAAUUACAGUGUGUAUGUAUUUUCAGGUGUAAAUUACUACAGCGUUCUCAAAAAACGGCAAUUACAAAAAGAGCUUGACGCAUUCGAACGGCAACUCAAAGAUCUGGAUACAAUCAUUGCCACCGGACAACCUCAAACAUUUUGAAUGCUGUUUUAGAAUAGUUAAUUGUUAGGUUAUUAAGUAGGUCUCCCCACGUCUCCUGAUCCUGUUAAAACGGCUUUUUCUGUUGUCUCUCAUUUUCUUCAUUCUUAUUUGUUAAU